AUGAGCGGGAUGCAGCUAUCUCGGGACACCAUAAGCCCUCUCAGCCAGCAAAGGAAUCCAUCAGAGGUCGGCGCCGUCAUACCGGCAUCGGGCUCCAAGCGAAAGUAUACAUCGGCGGCAUGCGAGUAUUGUCGCUUCAAACGAAAACGUUGUGAUGGCCAGCCUCGCUGUCGCUCAUGUGUCGACGCCAAUAAUCAGUGCGUGUAUCGCUUCAACGACAAGAGGAAAGCCAGUGUCAGGCAGGAGGGCAUCCAGAUCCUUGAAGCACAGAACGAGGAAAUGCGCUCUCUGCUCGAAGUGCUCAAAUAUGGCAGCGACAACGAGUCCCUGGCUGCUUGGCAAGCUCUCCGUUCCCCCCACCAGGAUACGGCACGGCGUGGAUCGUCCUCAAACCUCCUUCACGACGUGUACGGGGUGCGUCUCCCAACUUUGCCUUCUCUGUCUCCGGAAGACCUAGAACAACUUCAGGCAGACCGAGGCAGUCGACAGUCUCGCUCUCAAGCUCUACCUUCAUCUUGGCCGAUGCUGAGGUUCUUUAACUACCCGACUGCCUUCUCCCCCAGCCAACUACCGCCCGAAGUUGAGAUUCGAAAGGGAACCGAGAUAUGUUUUCAAGUGACGGCUGGCUUGUUCCACAUCAUGACCAUAGGCGAGUUUGACGAGCUUUGUGACCUGGCUUUUCGGACACAAUCGCCACCGAAUACUCGCGUCGUAGCCAGAAUUUGCGCAGCGGCCGCCGUCGGAGCUCAUUUCAAUGUGGACGACACCACGGGAGAACUUAAAGACGCUCUCUUCAAAGCCGCCCUCCACUACAUGCCUGAGAUGGUUGAUCUCGGCAACCUGCAGACUAUGAAAUAUCUGGCUUGCCUGUGCGCAUACGGCAUGAUCGACAAGAGGAAGAGCACUGUCCGGCUUAUCCAGCUCAGCCUGCAGCUCGCCCGGUGGAACUUGGCUCUGCCACAACACGAGCUCAACGGGGAGGCCUCUGAGUGGAGAAGGCUGUAUCAAACAACGAUAUUCUUUGAAUGUUGGCUGUCGACAUCGUUGGGCUACACGCCUGACCUCGGUGGAGAAAUUGAGUUUCCUCAGCCCAUCACAGUUACCGCAGUUGGACUUCAAGAUGACAGCGUGACGCAGGUCAAGGCUAAAGAAAUCAUCGUGCUGCGGGCUCGAGUCUGCAAAGCGACCUGCGGGCUCGAACCACCCACCGAACAGAUAAUCGAGGACCAUAUGACGGCCCUUGAAGGCUGGUAUCAGAAGCUGCCUCCCAAUAUGACUUUGACGGUUUUGCUGAAUGGCGAUGCCAACCCUCUUACAGCGGCACAACAAGGCGCGCUCCUCCUCUCCCACGCCAUGUACUUGGGCGCUGUCAUGAUGCUGCAUCGACGGGUCCUGGUGGCCGUCUCGGAUGGUAUCCUAAGCCAUGGGGCAGAAACCGAUCUCGGGAGCACGCUUUUGCAGGAGCAUCUGGCACGUUCUGUCGAGGCGGCACGCGCCAUCGUACGUAUUUUCAUCCUGCUCCGCUUCGGCACGGCCACCACAAACAUGCACGUUCGGUGUUGGAUCUGUGUUUUGGAAAGCUACACAGCAUGCACCAUUCUUCUGUACAAUAUUACUCUGAGGACCAUCCAGCACGCCGCAGAACGAGCAGAGACACAAUUGGACUUGGAACGUGUGACAACCUGUCUCGGCAUGCUUGAGGCAUCGGGAUUGGUGGACCGAGUGUCUCAAAAGAUGUCGGCGGCACUAGCAACAGUCCAUCAUGCUGUGGUGGUUUCCACGGGUCAUCAAGUUUAUCCAAUUUCGCCACCGGGCGUCGAGCAAAGGAACCAUUUGCACAGUCAGUUCAGCGACACGACAGGUUCAGGCCUCGAGCAACACAACUUGUCACCACCUCUGCUCAGAUCGCCGCCUCUGGGCUGUCUCUCGGCGAUUCAGGCGUUCAAACGCGCCACCGAUAUGUUGAGGGACCCAUUUGGCCAUGGCCUAGACGCGGGAUUUCGCCUCUUUCCACGGAAUGUCGGCGCGCAGGCCUUGGACUGGUGGUCUGUUGCUGCUGCUGCUGCGUGA